AUGGGCAACAUCUACAAGAGCCCGGUGACGUUGCUGCUAUUGGCCGUCCUCACGGUAAAGCUCGCUGGAGGAGCCGAGGAAGCGACGGAAGUCCUUUCGCCCACAGACAUUUACAACGAAGUGACGACGGAGCACGUGAGCGUAGAGCCAGAAGGAAACGACACGAGGGAGGCUCUCGCCCACGACGGAUCUCACCACAGUUCGGUGGUGUAUAUCGGAGAAGGUUAUGUGCCAAUAAAUACCCAGCUGAGAUCAAGACCGCUGGAACACGCCCUGCUGGAUUGGCGAGCCCAGUCAGGUCUGGAGACAUGGGAUUCGAGAAGGUACAUCAACAACAAGACGAGAGUACAGCAUAUCGAAGCCGAAUGUCAAGACGACUACAUGAAAAUCAGGAUAGGCUUCAACGGCUCAUUCGGCGGCCUGCUUUACUCGUCGGGCUACUCGUAUGACCCCGACUGCGUCUACAUCAACGGCACUGGACGCGACUACUACGAAUUCUACAUACAGCUCAACAGGUGUGGCACACUCGGGAAGAAUUCGAGGCAGGAAGACGCCCGGAAGAACCCAGCCAAAAACUUGAUGUGGAAUACUGUUACGGUCCAGUACAACCCUCUCAUCGAAGAAGAAUGGGACGAGCACUUCAAAGUCACGUGCGAGUACGGCUACGAUUUUUGGAAAACCGUCACUUUUCCGUUUCUCGACGUUGAGGUGGCCACAGGAAACCCGGUCGUUUUUACGCUGUCGCCGCCCGAGUGUUACAUGGAAAUCAGGUAUGGCUAUGGUACAAACGGGAACCGAGUCGCAGGCCCUGUGCGAGUCGGGGACCCUCUGACACUGAUCAUUUACAUGAGGAGUAAAUACGACGGCUUCGACAUUGUGGUCAACGACUGCUACGCUCACAACGGUGCUAACAAGAGGAUUCAACUGAUCGACCAAUAUGGGUGUCCGGUCGACGACAAGCUCAUCUCCAGGUUCAGGGGGUCGUGGUCGGAGGCGGGCGUUUUCGAGACUCAGGUGUUCGCGUACAUGAAGACGUUCCGGUUUACAGGGUCGCCCGCCCUUUAUAUCGAGUGUGAUGUCAGGAUGUGCCACGGCCGAUGCCCAAGCCAACCGUGCCACUGGAGGAACGCCAAAGGGCUGACGAAGAGGUCCGUCGAGGAGACGACGCCCCAGGCCCCCGCGGGCAACAUCUCCCAGAACAUCUCGCUCUUCCAGAGUCUGCGAGUCCUCCAGGAAGGGCCGGAAGAAUCGCCUCUGACAAACAGUACGGGAGGAAGACCUCUUGGCAAUUCGGUGUGCUUGAGGAGCGGGCUGGUGGCAUCGCUUUCCGCCGCCGUGGCGACCCUGUUGACGAUGCUGACCGUCGCCCUCGCCGCCAUGUGCUGCAGACUGAAACGGCUCUCAAAGCAGCCUUUGCUCUCCGCUCCUCCGCAACUUUCCAACAGGCCCAGAUGUUUCAUGAACCUCAAAUAGACCGGCACCGACCAGAACGAAACUGCAACUAGACAAAAAUUACGUAUAAGACUGGGGAUGCCAGCUCCUGCCUUCUCGUCCUCCAGAGACGCGCACCGAGCGGCCGUCACCUCGCAGAGCUUUACUCCUCCUUCAUUUCCCAAUGAAAAACUUUACUUAUGUAAAUAUUUCCAGGCAUAAUUUUUUACAUUUUUUAUAUGUAAACGUGAAGACAAUCGAUGUGAUCUUAUUUUUUAUGUACGCAAAAAAAUCUCUUUUUGUGUAUAUGGAUUUCGCUUUUAGCCUGUAAUCUUUAAGUAUUAUCAGUCAUAAAUGUUACAUUAUUUAUUAAGAGAGUGCCUUUUUAGCCAAAUGUGGCCAGAUUUACUAGCUCAACUUCAAAGUGGAUCUUCUUAUUUCAAAAUAAACUCUUUUUUUUACAAUUUCUUGAAUGUUGGGCGUUUGAAUCGGGUCACGUCUUAUUCAUACUGACAGCUGUCAACAGUUGUAUGAGCUAUUUAUUUAUUAUCAUUUCUAAAACAGGCAUGGCGGAGUGGACGAACUUCUAUGUAAUGUGAGUCGGCCGAAUACCGGCACGAUCUUCCAGCCUUAUAUAGACGUUUGGCCGUCCAAGUCCGGAUUAAUAUUAAUUCUUGAUAAUUAAAAUGCUUAGUAUAGUGUUAGCAUAGUUUUGUGUAUGUAUGAUUUUUUUUUAAAUAAUAAAUUUUCAAAAGUAGACA